CCCCACUCCAUUGUGUGGCCUCCCCCUCGGUCCCCUCUUCCUCUUCCCAUCCUCACCCUUCUUUCCCCCUCCUCCUCCUCCUCCUCCGGCUCCCCCAGCGCCCUCCCCUCCGCCUCCUCAGCAGCUGCCCCAACUAUCAGCCGCAGCAUCAGAGGCGCAAGCCCGCCCCGCCGCCGGCCCAAGAAGCGACCCUACGGCGCCCCAGCCUCCGUGUGGCUCUGGCGUCGGGGCGAGAGGGGCGCCUCACACGCGCUGCUAUUUCUCCUCUCCUCGGGAAUGCUCCGGGAUGCCGAGAAUGCUCCUCCCCCCCUCUUAUGGCAGAGGCGGUUCCGAAUCCGUAUCUUUUGAGUGUGACGUGAAGGAGCGAGAGGACCCUGCGCCCGCCAGCAGCGGGGAGCGGAAGCCGCUCGCCACCUUUGUAAAUACUUGUCCAAAUCCUCAGCGGAGGGGCGAGGGCGCAGCAUGUGAACGCUGCGGCGACGGCGGCGUUGGCGCCUGCUCUCCCGAGUGUGUGAUAAGGGGCACGUGUGGUAUCGGUAAUGAGGUGUGUGGCGGGCCUCCUGCGGUCGCACGUCACGCCGGAGGUGGAGAGGUGGCGGUGGGAGGGGGAAGGGUGCCUACCUACCAGAGCGACCUCGUGCACGCUCGCCCAGUGAGAGUGCUGGAGGAGGGAGAAUAUACUGGCGGAGAGUGGUGCGUCCUCCCCUUGACAGAAGGAGCGAGGGGAGCACACGUCCGGGGGAGCGAGGGCCCGGCGAGCAAGAGGGAGACUCCAGCCUCGGGCGAGGGCCGAGCGCGGCGUGAGAGGACCUCAGUGUUAGUCGACGGGUGCGACCUGGCCCGGCGGCCGCACGGGAAUGAGUGCCAAGUGCUACAGCAGACUGGCACUGGUGGCGGGUGUGCGGGCAGUCGUAGCCAUGACACGGUGGGGGAGGCACACGCCCUGCGAUAUCCGGGGGCGGUGAUCGGUUCCGUGCUGGUGUCCGUGGGGGAAAUCCUGUGGGAGUAUCCUGUGCUUGGGAGUGACGAUGAGGCUGCGUGUGAUCAUGAGGAAGGUGAUGGUGAUCAGUGGCUAUUAGUUCUCUCCGAUCAGGAUUUGGAGGCGGCUUUUAACAGUGAUGGUGAACUAGUGACCAUGAGCAGUGACAACGAGAGUUUAGUGGGCUCUCGCCCACCUCACACUUCGACCGCGUCGCAAAAUCCCGAUAUAAAUAAGUGCCAAAGUUCUAUAUAUGGUUUUAAAAUCGCCAAAAACGAAAACGUAAAAGUAAAAAAAUUGUUGCCGAUAUUUACGAGCUCGAGAAGUUCAUCAAGUCAAAACAUUACCAACUCUGUGACCUUCCGCGUUAAGGGCGACUCGACGUGGCAGACCAGCCGUGCCAACAGGAACUCUGACGUGUGUGAUAUGCAGAUGUACAGGGGCUACGGGGAAGGGGGGCUCCCGGAUCUCGCUCAGGAGGCUGAAGGAGGAGGGGGAGUAGGCGGAGGAGGAGGCUCCUACAUCAAGCUCUGCGGCGUGAGCCUGGGGUCGAGGCCAGCCUCCCCUGACCCCUACCCCCUCUUCCGCUCUGCCACCUUGCCUAGGAAGAUGCCGCAGACGCGGUACUCGUCCGUGCCCCCAGGCCCUCCGUCGCGGGCCCUGUCACCCCUCCUGUCGCCCGUGACGUCGCAGACCUUCGAGUUUCCGUCCGCUCCAGGUAUUCCGCCGGAGUCGCCGUCGGGUCAGGGAAGCUCGGCAGGGGUGCGACAGGACGAGUUGACACCGCGAAAUGGGCACAGUGAGAAUGCCCCCAGUACCCCAGGGGGCACUGGUGUUACUACCACGGGGCAUAGUCGGCAGCAGACUCAAAUUUCAGCCCCGAAUGGACCUUGUAAUAUAAUUGAGAUCAAAUCUUUGGAAGAAGAGAGUGAAACGGAAUGUGUGAAAGAGGGUGACAGUAUGAGUUCCACAAGUGGUGCCUAUGAUAAUUCUAGUGGUCAGUCAUUACCUCAUUUUCCGGGUGUACCUCAAGAUACACCAGAUAAACAAGAUAUAUGUACAGUAACCAGUAAAGUGCCUUGUGAUGGUGACGCAAAAAUCACCGAACCCCUAUCCGGGAGUAGCGUUGGUGGCACUGUUGGUCCCGCCUCUGGUGGCCCUGUGGCACCAGGUAGUGACCUAGAUGUGACUUGUGGAACUACCACAUGCCCUCAGCCAAAACUUGCUGGGAAAGCCACCCCGAGUAUUGAACAUAAACAGCCGCUCAGUUCCGCCUCGCAAUCAGCAAUAGCUCAAAAUGAUAUUAGGUUAAGAAAGAUGAGAACGAGUGGACACUGUGAGAAUGACCUCCCUCAGGGCACUGCGGUGUCCCCGGAGGAAGUAACGACGGCAGACGGUAACGCAGUUAGUGUCGCGCCCCUUCCACGCCUGCAGGAAGGGGACACGAAACAAUCCGUCGACGAGAAAUUGCUUAGUAAUGAAGCGGCAGAGAGACCGGCAGCCAGCCACGGCAGAGGCUUAGCAAACACGUGUCUUAGAAUCGUCGAGCCAAUUGUUCCUCUGCCGAGCGAUUUCCCCGCCAAGGUGCCCCCUCCUUCGCCAUCGCUCGGUCUGACUUCCGCGACCUCGUCAGGAGAAAAGGCAGAACCAGAAACUACGGUUAUCGCGGCAGAUUCCCGUAGCCAAGAACGCUCUCAGAAGGGCGGUGACGUUAUCGCCUCUGGCCUUCCCCCGCCGGAGACGCUAUCGAAGAAGCCUGCUGCUACUUCUGCGUCGGGGUCGUUGUUCGUCGCGAGCAGUGAUGUCGCGAAUGUGUCAGCGGAGUCACGCCUUAACGAGAGCAAGCAAGAAACCGCGGGGCAAGAUUCUCAUUACACUUCAACGACAGCUGAUCGGCGUAUUGCAUUGCAAGAGCACGUGCACGUCAACGAGGACGAUAUUAUGGAUGUACCAUGUGCAGCGAAAGAAUCACACUCGAGUGACGCUAAAAUAGAUAAUGCUGUCAAGGAUAUAAACAAUACGACUAACGGCGUGCGGCAGGGGCAAAACGCUGGAAUAUUACAGAUAACGGAACCAGUGAAAGAAGAAGCAACAAGUACAGAGAGUGCCAAAGUGGCUCCCUCGCCGGUGAAAUUUCCCUCGUCACCUUAUAUUCAAGCGCCGCCCCUGCAAGACGUUUCUACAGGAUUGCGUGUUGCUCAGCAGUCUUGCAGUCGUGAUAACGAGCUCUCCAUUUUAGAAGUCAGUUGUGUAUCGCAGAGUAUCGAGAAAGAAGCAACUGCCGACAUACAAACGCGUCAGGAACUCUCCAUCGCUUGCAGUUCCGCAACUGAAAGCUCCUCUUCUUCAAGGACCGCAUCUGUCUCGCAACCACCUGCUGCAACGUCUGACAGUGAUAGUGUCGAAGUAGAAAGUAAUAGAGCGCAGACGGCAGAGCAGACGCGAGCUUCAGUCAGUGAAGACGGCGCAGAAACUCCGUGCAGCCCGACAUCCUCCUCGGACGUCCCCGGGGAGGAACGUGGUCACGAGGCCGUCCGUGGCGAUUCCGAUGCAGAAGAUGUUGACAGUGCCAAUGAUAAGCAGUUAGUAACAAAUACGUACAGUAGUGACGAGACGAAGGCGCGGACGGUCACGCCUCCGGCCUUGCAACGUGACAGGUCCGCGGGGAGUAUCGGCGGCGGCAGGGGAAGGACACCGAGCAGAGAGGAGAGCGUGGGCGCGGAGCCAAGUGCGUCUGCAGUGGGUCGUGGCCCGGGGAUCAGCGAGCGGGCGGCGCUCAUCCGGCAACAGGUGUGCGUUCGGCCGCGUUCGCGAACGACUCAUUUCCCGCUGGAUAUCGUGUGCGGUACCAAGCUGCAGUACCAGCAAGCGCGUACCAAGUUGGACCCUCCGGACCGAGUGGCACGGCAGAGGAACUCUUCGCUGGGCCACGUUCAGCCCCUCGUGGUCGACCGCGACGCCACGGCCCGCUCCAAAUCGGCGUCGCGGAUAGGCUCGGGGAGCUCGGAGGCCGUUUCGGAUUGCCUACGCGCCUCGCAGGAGGACGGCGCCGGGCAGGAGCCACGCGGGGCGCCCCAUACGGCGGUGAGGUCUGAGUCCUGCUCGCGAACGGAGCGCGCAUUGCCGCCCAUUCCGCGACCCUUCAUCGCACCCUUGGAUGCCGCUCUCAAAAACAAAAUCAAAAUGACGAUCGAUUCGUGUGGAGAUUCGAGUUCGGGGAGCGAGUCGGCGGCCGGGGCUGCGCCUCACGUUCGUGGCGAGCCGCACUUCUCGGCCGUUGACUGUCGUGACUCAGGAAAUGAAAGUUCUGUGCCACUUAUGAGGGAAAUUGUAUCUCAAAAUAGGAAAGCCGAGUCGCAGCCUACGGAGAACAGUGUGGUCUGUGAUGUGAAAAGUGUCAACGAGGAAAAUAAUGGACCGCCAGCUUGUCAAAAUGGAGUCGUCGAAAGCAAGAGUGAAACGUAUAACCGUGGGAUUGAUAUUAUUGUAUCCGGACCCGAACGCCAUGAAAAUGAAAAGGUCGUCGCCAAGGACGUUAAUGAAGUGAUAACACUAGUAUUGAAAGAUGAGAAUAACGUAACAAAUACCAAAAAUACCAGUGACGUCAUGGCUCCACCUGUUUCGAGUAGCCAGGCAUUAGUUAUUGAUGAGCCACGUGGGGUAGGACCACAGGUAGGUGUUAGCGGUCGAAGUGAUUCAGGAGCAGUUAUUAGUAAUCAAAAUGAAACCCAGCCACAACGCAUAGCUAAAGGUAUGACUAUUAUAAUGCUGCCGGCGGUCAGGGAUCAUACCGAUGCCCCAGCUGCCAAGGGAGAGACUGAUGCUACGUUAAAAAGGGAUUCUAGAGUCGAUACUGAUGUCACAUUACCGAUUAGCGGUAAGGGUGGAAGUGAUGUCACGCAGGAAACAGCUGUUAAAGACCAAACUAGUGCUAUGAUGACAUAUGUUAGAGAUCAGGCUGAUGUCACGCAACCAACAAAUGAUAAAAAACACUCUGAUAAGGUGCUUCCAACAUCAGUAGAAGAAAUCAAAGUUUCUGCAGACGUUACAGCAGUCCCCAACAUCAAGGAUUCUAGUGAUGUGGCAUCUACGACCGGGCCCUCAGCGAAGGAACCCCUUGUGAAGGACGGGGCAUCGACACCUGCGACGGGGCCCUCUUCGAGAGAGCCACACAUCACCCCCCGACGAUCGCAGGGACGGAUGCCUACCCCGGUGUGCCUUCCUCCUUCUCGGGCGAGCGGUGGCUCUGGCUUCGGGCCGGAGUCGUGGCUGAAUGCGAUCCCCCUCAAGUACGGCCGCGAGAGCGAGAGGCCCGCCGAGAAGACCAAUAGCCAGAGUGUCGAGGGGAAAACCGUGAAGAGUGGAAAGGAUAAUCUCUCCGAAGGCACUGUUGUUUCAGGCGGGAAUGCAUCCGCGGGGAAGAAUGAGCUGUUCAUCGAAGAAGGCCGCGUGGACGGCGGGAGCGAAGGCAAAGAAGCUGGGGUUACCGCGACGGGGAGUUUACCUCGAAGGCGCGCGAGAGAUUCGCUUCUGCUUAGUAAUCAAACAAAUAUUCUCUUCAUUGACGAGUCCUCCUCAGACCUGUGUGAUCAAGAAGUAACGUCAAUGCCAGACAUCAAAUGCGAGGACAGAAGCGAUGUCGACGUCGAGGAGAGCGCCUCUACCCCUCCUGCGUCGCCCCCCGAACCACCUCGUCCCCCGCCGCCCCCUGCUGAGUUGCUGCAGCCGGACGUUUGCAUGACAGGCGGAAGCAUUGAAGAUGGCGACGAAGGUUGCCGGAAGGAUAUUCGUUCGUCAGUUGCGGAUGAGUUUGAGGGAUCGGCUUUACCUUCCCACGCAAGACCGGUGGACAAGCCUGCUUCACGAGACGACGAACCGGGUACGUCGCAGAGCGGGGUAAGCGUUGUGGUAACGAGUGUCGAGGAAGUACCUCUGCCCCCUCCCGUUCCCCCGCCCCCUCCGCCGAGGGAAUGUGAUCGCCGCUAUUCCUUGCUAGGAAGGGAAGGAUCGCAGGACGACUACGAACAGGCUCUGGAGGUGGCCACGCCGGAUCCUGGCCACGGGUUCAGUCACAGCUGCACCAGCGUUGCCACGGUUGUUCGCGUGGACACCCCGAAUCAGCAGCCACCCAGCCGUCCUCCUCCGCCCGAGGACGACGAAGCGGAGGACGUUUUCGUCGAUGCCAGCGACGACGUGGCGCUGGUAGUCGCGGAUGCUGAUGCAUCGGAUCUUCCGGAGGUCGAUCAACACCAGCAGCUCCAGGCCUCCUCUCCCACCCUAAUGGAGGUCUCGCCCGCGACCUCGGAGCAUUCGGCAGGAGAGGCAGGCUUCGGGAAGGGCGCACUUUCGCACAGCGCAUCAGACACACACUCUUCCGGGAUGUCGGGCAUUUCCUCGGCUGAUAUGUCGGCGACAUCAUCUCGCAGCAUGACGGGAACGCAGUCAACGAGCUCGUCGGGAGGCAUGGCCAAGGCAGUGAGAGCAGACGCGAGGCGCCCUCUUGUCCUGAUAAGGAAGCCUGGGAGCGACGCCCCCGAGGACGGCUCUGCUUCGUCCGGCGGCCACAUGACCGACCCUGACAUGUUGGCCUCCGCGUCGGCUUCGGCUUCGUCGACGGGGUCCGAGGCGUCGUGGACAUCGAGCGGCGGCCCAGUGGCCCGACGAGACCUUCUGCCGCUGGAUGAGGACGAGGACGAGGUGCAGUGGCGCGCCCUGUUGGCCGUGAACGCGCCGGAGAGCGAGGAGGAGCGCACGGGUUACGAGAGCGAUGAGGACUUCGACACGAUGGACGCCGAAAUGCGCCGCCUGGAAGAGAAGCUGCGCAGGUUCGAGAAGGAGCUGGGUAACGUCCCGGAUGACUCGUCAGGCGCCAGCGAGACUAAAGUGAAGGGUUCCUCGGGCGGACCCCCGGGCCCCAUGCUACGUUCGGAGGACCUCGAGGCUCUCCGGAUCUCCCCGCUGCCGAAGGUGUUCCCUGCCGUCUGCAGGGCCAAGACCAAACACCUGAGUCUCAUGACCAAGCUCGACCUGCAGCAGUACGGAGAAUCGGACAGCGAGUCGGAUAGCGAGUCCGAUCGGGUCUCCAGCGACUCGGACUCGGCGGACUUCUUGUUCGUCAAGACGAAGAUCAAGCUAAAGCCGGGAGACCGAAAGUGCCGCUCUCUCGAACAGAGACGCUCCAAGAAUAUGAACAUUUUGAACGAGGCUCGUGAUGCAAAGAAGCGCGACCAGAAGCCCUAUGUUUGUGAGGAAGGGCUGGACCUGAGCAACCUGGCCAUCCCUCGAGAUCUGGCAGAAGACGACUCCUUCAGCGUUGGCUACGAAGACCAAGAGAAAUUCGACAUUCCUCCUCCUCCCCCACCCCCUGUCGGGUACAUCCAGCAGUUCGGCUCGGAUUCCGACGUCGGCAGAGACCCUACACUGCCGAAGGGUCAGGGCGAGUCUUACCCCUCCGAGAUGCCCUCCGACGAAAUGCUGGACGACGACAGCACCAUGUACUACAGCGGCGAGGACCAGGCCCUUCUGGGGUACAUUUGGCAGGAGGAGGACGGCAUGGCAGCGGUCGACUUCGAAGGACUGGAGGACUUCCAGAGCUUCAAAGGUCAGAGCGCCCUCAUGUUCAUGUUUGAGGACGACCUCGACGACGAAGCAGAGGCCGGGGAACAUAUGGACAAUGGCGACGUGAUGGAGUACGAGCUGAAGCAGCCCGUGGUCGAGCCACAAGCAUGCGACAACGCCCUGCCGGCGGAGCCUCCAGGCGGCGCCCCUCCGCGGACUCGCCGGGGUUCUCAGAAGGGCUCAGACCGAACGUUUGUUUCUGCAUUUAAAAACAGCUUAAAGAAAGCUAGCAAGUAUCUGGGACCAAAACUAGAGAGUUAUCAGAAGAAGGAGGCCACCCACGACGUCGCACCUCAGCCAACAGACUGGUCGGCGAAUAUUAAUAACAGCAAUAAUAAUAAUGUAACAGCCAAUAACAACAAUAAUAACGACAACAACAGCAACAACAACAUCGACAACAAUAAUGCCAACAACAACAACAGUGAUAUUGGUUUGAUAGAUGAGACAAGUCUACCGCCGACGUAUUUCACCCGACGCUAUUCGGGCGGGCUGGGCGAGGGCACCGCGGGGGUAUACAACGUGCAGAGUGGGCGCGUGGCUCCGGCCUCGGCUCUCGCGCACCCGAGUGAUAGCGAAGUCCCUGACCGCCACUCUUGCAGCUCGGGGGAGUACUACGCCGCGCCCGCCCUCUGCGUCAAUACCUCCGAUGAAGAUCCCCCCGCUCCUCCGAGGCGCCCUCAGGAAGCUCUCAGCCAGCCCCCGGCGCCUCCCCCGAGAUGGGUGCAGCGAAGGUCCUAUGUUGCCAAGGACGUGGAUUCGGAUGCCCUGAUGCGCCGGCUCUCGCAGACCUCCCAGACGUCCCAGGAAGGAUGUUGGUUCAGCACGCUUCCUCCGCCCAACACGGCGCCCCAUCCCUCAUUCCAGGCUCCCAUGGGCACGUUCUUGCCUUCCCAUCAGGUGCCCCCUCUUCUCCUCCCGCUCAGCAGCCAGCCGCUGGCUCCGACGGCGGUGACAGCCCCUGCUCAGAUCUCGGGCUUCCAGGAGGAGAUGCAGUUCUAUCUCGUGGGAACGCCGAACGCGAACGUCGACGGUGCGGAGCCAGAGGUUCGGCGAAGGUCAAGGGGCACUGCUGAGCUGGAGGAGGUGCGGCAGAUGGAACUACCCGUGUCUCCAAGUCAUGCGGACUCGUGCCCACCGCCGGUGACGUGGGCUCCCGCCUACUACGACAAAUUCUCCAAAAUGGACAAUUUUCCGGGCAUGGCUCCGGCCUUUUGCCCCAACCACGGCAAUCCGGACGCCGUCGUGGACCUUCCCCCGGGCAGCGGGCCCCCCCUCUCGCCCACGCACAGACCGACCUCAGUCAAACAGCUCAAACGGAAGCAGCAAGAGAAGGCUCUCCGGCAGGAGGCCGAGGAGGGCAUAGAAGGCUGCACCUUCUGCAUGGGCGUCCCCCUGAUGCGCUCGCGCCCGCCGGAAGAUAGCUCCCACUGGCGACAAUCUAGCCCGCACCCCCGCGCUAUCACCGACCGGCGCUCCUGGCCGCCCAGAGUAAGUUGUGUAGCUCCGCUCACGCGCUGGAGUCUCCCCUUCCUGCCCCGCAGUGUUUCCCCCCAACCCCCCAGCACUGCAACCUCAGGACAACCCUGCCUUUUCUUACCAGGGAAUGUGGCGACACACACUGAUUCUCCUAGGUCUCACCCCCUCCCUGCUGACCCACCCAGCUGUGUUCAGCCUUUGUGUCCCGCUAGUGUCUGUUGUGCUCCUGACCGCUUGUUCUUGGGCAGCAGCGACUCACUGAUAAGUGUGAGUGACGUCCUCCUAACCGAGAGCUCAGCCUAUGGCUCUCCGAACCUUUCAUCCUCAGAUUAUGACAGUGACCCGUAUUGGACGCCCAUAACACGGCCCGUCCACUUCCCUAACACCCCUAAAACAGACGUGUUGGCCCCAGUAACCCCUUCCUCGCAGUUGGUGAGUGUGACCCCGCCUUCCAUGUUCCCGUGCCUAGCCCCUGAACCCUGGACAUGCCCCGUCGAGACCUCGUUUCAGAGUUGCCCCUCGCAGAAUUUGUUCUGGACCCCCACACUUUACCCCCAGCCCUUUGGCACGAAAGAGACUGAACACAAUGCUCAAUACUGGUCACCCGAAACGGACACUACCUUUAAUCCAGGUCACGAAGUACAGCCGACCUCACUAACUACAGAAUUCUGGACACCCCAACUGGACACAUUAUCCUCCGACCACCACCGCCACUGUGGACCGACCCUCCAUGGUUCCGGGUGUUGCCCCUGUGUGAACCAGCUCGUAGAAGGCAGCACCAGCUUGCCCCAACACCACCCAGAAAUGAUCCAGGAGUGUCAACGCUAGAACAUAAAAAGGGGAGAUAUUUUAGGGCUUUUUUGAAUAAAUGUAUUUAUGUAGAAA